UUUUCUCGGAAAAUUCAUAUUUUCCCACGAAAAACUCAUACUCCCUUUUCUUACUAUCCCUCUUCUUUUUUUCUUCAUUCCUUUUGAUCCUUCAAGACAUAAACUGAAAAACCCUUUUCUCUUAUUCCCUCUUCUUCUUCUUGUUCACCCAAAAGCUUGAACCUUUCACCCAAAGUUCUUCUCUUCCCUUUUUUUUCAACAUGGGGUUCUCUCAUUCCGACCUGGAAUCGGAAUCCAAGAAGUGGGUAAUCGCCGGAAUCACGGUUCGGUCUCUCAAACCCAUCAACACGAAGCGCGUUAAUGGCGGUGACAACAAAGACGAUAAUGGUGAAGAACUUUCCACAACACCCACAGCAAAAGAAUCAAGAAUACCCGACAAUUUGCCGUGCCCGCCGGCGCCGCGGAAGUGCAGGCCUCCGACCAGGUGUGGCGGCGGCGGCAGCGGCGGUGUCAGAGAGUUCUUCACGCCACCUGAUUUGGAGAGUGUGUUCAAGUUGCAUAAAGCCAAAUGAUUCUACUUCAUUCAACUAACAGCAAUCAAGGUCUUAGAAGAGAGAGAGAUUUGGGUAGUGUACUUUUAUUUGGAGCUCAAAAUUCAAUUUCUAUAUAUAUAUGUAUAUGAUAAAGUAAGUGAUUUCAGCUGUUCAUGAUGAGAAAAAAUCAAUGGCUAGUUCUGCAGACACAUACUUCAAAGUUUUAUGUGUGUGUUUGUUUCAUUACUUCACAUACAUGUGUGUUUGUGAGUUCAUGAAUGGUUGGAGUUGCUUGCUUUAUCCUAAUGGAGGUGAAUUUUUUUUGUUCUGAAUGCUUGUAAUUGCUCUUUCUUCUUUUCCUAGGUUGGGAAACAAGAACUUGUGUAUAAAGUUUGAAGGAAAAAGGGAAUGAUAUUUAGAAGUUAGAAAGGAGGAUUGAGUAGGUUUUGCUUUGAUUUUUUUGUUUUGUUUAGAGGCUAUAUUAUGUAGUUUAUUUACUCUCUUUUUUCAUUAAUGAGAAGAAGCUUUAAAUA